AUGACUCCCUUCGGCCAGACCAGUCCUCGUGAAGCGUGGGCGCUAAUGUUUUCUUUCUCGACUCGUCCACGGUUCCUUCUUUCUCUCCUCGAAAGAUUUUUUUCGUUCCAGUUGUCGAGUUUGAUAUUUAAAGCCAACCGAAGCUGCUGGCGACUGUGUAAUGCCGAAACGAAGCAACAACCGUUCGAGAUGACAAAGAGUUUGCUGCUUGUGUUUGAUUUUGAUCAUUCUAUCAUUGAUGCCAACAGUGACCAUUAUGUGACGAAACUGGUGCCACCAAUCCCUGCAGAGAUCAAGGAGAGCUACAACAGCCAAUGCUGGGUCUACUAUAUGGGGGCUGUCUUUGAACACCUCCACAAGGUGGGAAUUACCCCCGAGCAAAUCCUCAAGUGUAUGAAUGAGAUUCCAUUUAUAUCCGGAAUGAAGGAUUUGCUGCAGUUCAUGAACCGAGACAAUGUUGAGCUGAUCAUUAUCUCAGAUGCAAACUCUGUGUUCAUCAAACAGAUUCUUCAAAAUGCUGCACUAGAUGACUUGUUUGCUGCUACUUUCACUAACCCAGCAGAAUUUGAUUCUUCUGGCUGUCUACGAGUGCAGUGCUACCACUAUCAAGACUGGUGUCCUUUGAGUACCACUAAUUUGUGCAAAGGGAGCAUCUUGCAGGAUUACUUGAAACAACGACAAAAAGGAGGAGUCACUUUCUCCCACAUUGCCUAUGUAGGGGAUGGAACCUAUGAUCUCUGUCCUUGUCUCACUCUUUCAGCAAAUGACUUUGUAUUCCCCAGAACAGACUUUUCUUUGUGGAAGAAGAUAAAACACAUGCAAAAAAAUAAAGACUCUUCUUUGAAAGCCAAAGUUGUCCCUUGGAAUACUGGACUUGACAUAUUGGAAACCGUCAAACCAAUUGUGUCAUAA